AGUCGACAAUUUUUCAUCAAAGUUUAAAAACUCAAAAAAUUACAAACAUGACGAAAUUUUUGACGCUUCUAGCAGUAGUUUUCAGCUUUGUUAUUCAUGUAGUGUUGGCUGAACGACUUCACGCAGUGUGUACAAUCAUGAUGGGCGAAUGUUACUAUGAACUUCAACCAAUCAGUUGCAUAAAAGAUGACUUUGUUGUGGUAAACACAAGCGAGUUGAGUGUCACUCAAAACCAUGACAAUAAAAAAUGGUGUUGUGUAAAAUUUCUUUGUGAUGAUGAAGCAUCGGAAAACUCCGCGGCGACGCACCCUUGGCAACAAGCAAUUAAAUCACGACAACUUAAUGAAUCCUUAGAUCAACCACCAGUUGUUGUGGAAAUAUUUAAAGCAAAGACAAAGAAAAGAAAAUUCCAUUCAAAUGAUUAUGAAAGAGUGAAUGGAAGAAGUUCAGAUGAAAAGGUGUCACAAAUAUCUGAUGGAAAUGAUUCACCGAUUGAAGUUCUAAGUUCACUGCAAAGUUCAUCUUUCAAAACUUUCAAUGGUGACAACUUUGUCGUUCCUUCAAGUUUGAAAGAUGAUGUUGCAGGGUCUGAAAUAGAAAUGUCAAGUAUUUUAUCGUCACAAUCAAGUGUUAGUUUAAUAAAAAGCACUGACGAUGAUGAUGAUGAAACCACGACGAGUUCAUUGAAUUUAACAUCAGAGAAUGAUAAAAUCGUUUCAUUAAACGAACCCUCUUCAGAAACGAAACCGACAGAAACAUUUACAGACUUAGGAACUCACACAACUGAUGAAAGAGAAAAAGAAAUUCAAAGUCCUUCAAUGCCUACAUCAGAAGAAUCUUUAGAAAAUUUGAAAAACACCGUAAUUGUGGAAAUGAUUUCACAUUCAGUCGAAGACACUUCUGAUUUCCACAAAGCUCAAACGAUUAGCUCACAAAAAGAAUCUGAACGCUUUGAAGAUCAAAGCUCCGAAGGAUUUUCAUUUAAGACCAAUGAUACGAAAUCUUCUGACGUGUUGAAAGAACCUCACAGUGAAAUUGAAUCAACAACUUCGUCUGAUUUAAAUUCUAUUCAAAAACAUGACCUUGACACAUCACGAAAUUCUAAUCACGAUGAACAUAAAUUUUCGACAGAAAGCGUGACUGAACUGGAGUUUGAAUCAUCAUUGGAAAAGUUUAAAACUUCAGAGUUGAACACGAUGUUAGAUAUUGAAGAAAUUUUCCAGAGUUACUCUACAUUAACACCAGAAAAUGCUAUUGAAGAGUUUGAAGCUUCAAUCGAAGAUAUUCUGAACGAAAACUUUGAAGUUUCAAGUGAAAAAAGUUCUGAUUCUUUCAUUGAACAUCUUCCUGAUGAAGACCCGAAAUCAACUUUCAUCGUUGAAGAAACUAUAAAUUCAAUAAUCGGGAAGAAUAUCGAAAACUUUCCAAUUCCAACGAUAGAAUUAUCAGCGUCAAAUAUUGACAAUGACUUGAAAGAUUCGCCAGAUGAUUCGAAGAACUUUAAACUUUCUGAUAACGAUUUAAAGUCGGAUGAAGCUUCGAUAGAAAGCACAAAAGAAUUCUCAAAUGUAAUUGAAGAAGAAAUCAAUUCAAAUUUGGAUGUCAAAGAUCAUUUCGUCGAUUUCAAUAUGGAUGAAAAAGAAUCUUUGAAGUUGGAAAGUGACGUUGUUAGAGAUAACGAAGGUCUUUCAAUAUCAUCAUCAUCGCCAAUUCUAAGCACUCUCAACGCUAUUGUGAGUUCAUCAUUGAACGUUGAGAGCGAAAACCUAGGCAGUCAAAUGCCAGAAAGUUUUCCACAAGCAUCACCAAGCUUUCACGUUUUUGAAGAUUCCGACGAGGUCAUCAUCGAUAGCUUAAAGGAUUCUUUAGGCACUCAAAAGAUUUCUGACAUUGUUAACGAACAGCUUCCGAUAAAUGAAGCAUCAACAAACAGAAAAUUUUCCAUUAAAGACAAAAUCAAGCUCGAAAAUCUUCAAAGCAAUCUUGACAAUGAAAACAUAAUUCCUUCAAGUGGCAGAGAAAUUUCCGAAAAUCAAAACAUAUCGAGUGAAACAACAGAAGAUGAUGGUAAUGGAAACCGAGAAAUGACUUCAGAAUUAAAUUCAAUGAUGUCGAACGAUAACAAAGAUGGAAAAGAAAAAGCAGAAGAAGACAUUUCUGACGAACACGAGACAACAAAACCAACAAAUAUUCCAAACAGCAUGAAGAAAUCACGCAAUAAUUUAUUGGAAAAGGUUAAGACAAAUGUGAUGAUGUAAGGAAACAUCAUUGAUGUUAAUAAAUCAUUGUUAUUAAUAGUUUAUUAUCGACUAAUGAAUGAAUGAUGACUUAGAAAUGUCAUUUCGAAAAUUUAAUUAGGUAGCUGAAUAAAUUCUGAUCAUUGUAAAUUCAAAGCUUUCAUGACGACAUUUACAUCAAAUGAA